CUUCACCUCACCAGACAAAGCUCUCCCAACAAGCUCCCCGGGUCUUGGAGCUUCUCGCACCUCACCUCUGACUACAUCCACUCAGACAAUACUGGAUCUCUGAGAAUCUAUUCCGUCCCAGCUCGGAGUCCCCAAAGCUAUCAGUCCCGGUCAAUAAUGUUCGGUCCUGGCUAUUGGGACAACGAUCCCAUGAAUGGAGGUAUGAACAUCCGUCAUGGUGCUACCCGUCGUUUUGACGAAUACUACCGGUGCUACCCCGUCGCCAUGAUGCCCGGGCCCGAGAGAGAAAAUGUGAACCACGGCGGCAAGGUCAUUAUGCCGCCGAGCGCCUUAGACAAGCUCACUCGUCUCCAUAUCACGUAUCCGAUGCUGUUCGAGCUUCACAACGGAGCGCGGGAGCGGUUGACGCACGCCGGAGUGUUGGAGUUCAUUGCGGAAGAGGGGAAAAUAUAUCUGCCUUACUGGCUCAUGCAAACUCUUCUCCUAGAGCCUGGCGAUCUUGUUCAGGUCAAGUCAACCGAUCUCCCCCCGGGCCAAUUCAUCAAACUGCAAGCCCAAUCGACAUCGUUCCUUGAUAUAAGUGACCCGAAAGCCGUUCUGGAAAACGCUUUCCGCAACUUCUCCUGCCUUACCAAGGGCGACGUGUUUACAUUUGGGUACAACGACCAAGUCUACGAAAUGGCGGUUUUGGAAACCAAGCCGUCCAACCAAACAAAUGCCGUUUCCGUUCUUGAGACAGAUUUGGAGGUCGACUUCGCUCCUCCGGUGGGCUACGAAGAACCCCAACGCCAAAGCGGGACCAGCACACCUCGUAGCGGAGUGAGUGGAAAGCUGCCCUCUGGAGGGCUCCUCCACCCGCACGGAACCAUGGCACAGUCGAUCAACUAUGCUGCCAUUGCCCCAGAGUCGACAGAUGCUGCGGCAGGCGCGAGAGCAGUCUCGUCCAAUUUCCUCACGGGAGGACAGCGUCUGAAUGCUAAGAAAGGAAGCAAAACACCCACCCCGAAGCCAUCGACCCCAACCCCCGGGGCUACGAACCCGCAGCAUCCUCCUCCGGCCCGAAAGACAAACGGGCCACAACCUCUGCGGUUGCCACCAAACCAGCUAUUCUUCGGGUACGCGAUCAAGCCCGUGAAGCAGCGUGAUGAGGGUGGCCAGGUUGUUGAGGGCGAAAAGCCUCGCUUCCAAGGGUCCGGGCAAACGUUACGGGGCAAGAAAAAGGAUACUAGUGGCUCCGCCACGCCUACAUAAUCUGACGAGGGACCAAGCUGAAUGCUAUGGAAAGAAGGCUCCCAGCAGGGACCUGGCUCCUCGGUUAUGCGGAGUAGAAAGCAGCUAAACCCCCGUACGUAGUAGGACAGGUGAGCUUAGCGGGGACUGGCGUUAACAAAGCUGCGCUGAAACUUGACUUGCU